AUGGACUUUCUCAAGUCGGCCGUCGCGUCCGCGAUCGCGAAGGGGAGCUCGUUCCCCGUUUCGUUGGGUGAUAGAGUGGAUAUCGGCGAUUCUAUAUGGACUCUUCAUAAUGGGACAAGAAGGGAAGAUGGCUCGGCGUGUAGUGUGUUCACCUUCGAUAUCGCGGCCAAUAAGUCUCGACUCCCCUUGGCGAAGAAUGCGGUGCGCAAGUCGAGGACCCUGAGGCAUCCUGGUGUGAUCAAGGUUUUGGAUACGAUCGAGAAUGAGACGAACCUCUAUAUCGUGACCGAACGAGUCGUUCCACUCGAGUGGCAUGUCAAGCGGCGGAGCUUGAGCGAGGAAACUGCGAAGUGGGGGUUAUACACGGUGUCGUCUACUCUCAAGUUCAUCAACGAAGAUGCAUCUUCGGUCCACGGUGCUGUGCGCGCAUCCUCUGUCUACACGAGUGAAAGCGGCGAGUGGAAGCUGGGCGGAUUUGACAUUCUGAGCUCUAUGAAAGAGGACGAUGCUGUCAUAUAUACCUACGGAAGCCUGGUCCCCGACGCAGCUCGCUACACACCUCCAGAAGUGGUCAAGGCUGGUUGGGAUGCUAUCAAACGCCACCCUUUGACAGCAGUCGAUGCAUAUGGACUCGGCAUCUUGGUCUUCGAAGUCUUCAACGGUCAAUUCUCUGGUGGGGAUCAAAUUGGCAAGACAACCAAUAUCCCGCCCAGUAUGCAGCAAAGCUAUAAGCGUCUCUGCACGGCAAACCCAAAGCUGCGACUGAGCGCGGCGCAUUUUGUUGAGCAAGGUAAGAAGCAUGGCGGCUUCUUCCAGACACCUUUGAUUCGUUUGACGGAAGAUAUGGAGAGCCUGGGGCUUAAAAGCGAGGCUGAGCGCGAGGAGUUUAUCAGUGAGCUCGAUAAUCUGUCCGAUGAUUUCCCCGAAGACUUCUUUAAAAUGAAAGUACUUCCUGAGCUUCUCAAGUCUGUUGAAUUUGGCGGUGGUGGACCCAAGGUCCUUAGUGCAACCUUGAAGAUUGGCUCAAAGCUAUCAUCAGACGAGUUCAAUGCCAAAUUGACACCCGUGAUUGUGCGGCUCUUUGGAAACCCUGACCGUGCGCUGCGAGUUUGUCUAUUGGAUAACCUGCCGUUGAUGAUUGAUAAUCUGCCACAGAAGGUCGUCAAUGAUAAGAUCUUCCCACAGAUGACCUCUGGUUUUACAGACAUUGCCCCCGUUGUUCGAGAACAAACGGUCAAGGCAGUUUUGUCUGUUGUCAGCAAACUCAGUGACAGAGUUGUCAAUGGAGAGCUGCUAAAGUUCCUGGCGCGCACGGCGAACGACGAGCAACCUGGCAUUCGUACCAACACCACCAUCUGCUUGGGCAAAAUUGCGAAGAAUCUGGGGCAAAGUACUCGAUCCAAAGUGCUCAUUGCUGCCUUUACGAGAUCCAUCAGAGAUCCAUUCGUGCAUGCUCGAAAUGCUGGCCUCCUCGCACUCUCUGCCACAAUUGAUACAUUUACGGAAGAAGACUGCGCCGGCAAGAUCCUGCCAGCCAUUUGUCCGGCACUCUUAGACAAGGAGAAGCUGGUCCGCGACCAAGCAAAUAAAACACUAGACCUCUACAUCCACCGAGUGCGCAAAUUUGGCAGCACAAUGGCCGACACAGUGAUACAGCCACCGACAAGCUCAACCCCUGAACCCAACAAAUCAGAUGCCCGCAUCGGCAACUCCAACGACAAGUCUUGGGCUGGUUGGGCUAUCUCCUCAUUCACCAACAAACUCGCUGCUGCAGACGGCGAGAUCGCACCCACAGCGGCCGCCAACAAGGUCUCCGAAGAUAUCCCCCGCCCAGCUUCCGUCCCACACCCCGCCAAAUCCUCACCCUCUAUCCAACCCGAACCAUCCAACAAAACACUACGCCCGGCAGCCCACCCUCUCUCCAGGUCUCAGUCCGACAUACCUGUCCCCGUCGUCGAGGACCAAUGGCACGACGCUGAAGAAGGAGACGAUGUCUUUGACGCCUGGGGCGCCAUUGACGAUGACGAUGAUAAAGACGUAGACCCCUUCACCGCGGCGGUGGCCUCACCCAACCCUUCAUCACCGGACCCGACAGCAACAAAAGCAUCCGCUGUUCCCUAUGAUGAUGGCGGCGAGCCUGAUUUCGCUGGGUGGUUGGCGGCGAAAAAUCAAGCUAAGACGAAAAAUCCUCUACCUAGGGGAUUGACGAAGAGUACCCCUGCGACGAAGCCGGCUGCUAAGCCGAGAGUUGUGGCGCCAGCUAAGAAGAUUGAUACGAAGCCGAAGGAUGAAGAUGUUGAGGAUGGAUGGGGUGAUGCGUGGGAUUAG